CGGCCUGGUCGCGUAAGCAUGCUCCAAUGCAUGAGUCCACACACUUUCCAUUGAAAAUCCAAGUUGACAUAGUAUCCUGCAAAAUUCAAAUUAAUAUGUUGUUGUAGGAAACGUUAGAUGACGGGACAGACGUAAACGAUGAAAUGACAAUUUCGGUAUCAUCAAUUUUUUAGAAAUAAUUUGUAACAUCAUUCAGACUUCCAACAAUAACUCCUCCAAAAAAGCAGAAAGAUGUUCCAAUGGCUAAGACAUUAUAUUCGUCAACGUACACUUCCUAUUAAGCCAGAAGUGGCUUGGAAAUGGAAAACGAAGCUUUCAAUCAUUUAUGCAUUCAUAGGAUGGCAACUUUUAGGAGCUGCUAUGUAUACAAUAUUGAAACAGAAUACCCCUGACAAUCCUACCAGUUCUGACUAUGCUAAAUUAUUAGGAGUUACAGAAGCACAUGUUAUAAAAAUUACUGGUACAAAAAAAACCGAUGAAUAUGAUCUUAAAUUAAAUGACGAAGACUUUGAUGAAUAUUAUAAACACAUGGAAGAAAAAAUAGAAAAAGCACAAAAUAGUGUUGUGCCAUCAACUGGCUAUUGGAAUAGGAGAGGGGUUGAUGCUGAGAGAGCGAAAAAGAGGAUUGAAUCGUAAAUAAUUGAUUUUUAUAAUUGUUUAAAAAUUUACAUUGAUAAAAUUGUUAAUAUUGUAUAAUAUAAUAUUUAACAAUAUAGUCUAUACAAAAAAU